AUGAAAAUUUUAAUAGUUAAUGGGUAUGGGAAAUGUAUGAAAGGAUUUAGAAGUUCAGAACAUUACAAACAAAUUAUAAAAGAAGUAAAAGGCUAAUGGAAUUAAUUUUUAGGUUUUGACAGGUAAAAAGGAAAUGAUCGAUACAGAAUUAGAAUUCUUCUUUGCAGAUAGAGAUUCUAUUGAUGACUUUCUUUAUGAAAUAGACAGUUCUUUUGUAAGAGUUGAAUGUGGUAAAAUGUUUGAUUCAAUUGAUUUAAUCUUCUUUGAAGGAGAUGCAAAUCUUAGACCUUGGUCUCCUAAUGCCUAUAAAUUCUUAAUCUUAUUAAGAAUGUGUAUGAGAAGUAAUAAGAUUCUAUUUGCUUCAUCAUUUGCCAUGUAAGGCUUAGUGUUUCUGAUUGCAUCUAAUGUUGAAUGUGUACAAACUUACCACUACUUUAGUAAUUCUCAGUUAUCAAUGGACUUAAUGGUGGAUAAUUAGGAGAUCUCUCUAAAAUUAAGAAACCUCUUAAUGAUAUCAGAAUGAAUGAUUUCUUUCUUGAUAAUGUCACUGGUGAUUUAUAUAGCUUUAAUUAUGAUACUGGAGAAUGGGUAAGCAAAGGAAAUGCUGGUUUACAUAGUAGAAGAUCAGCUGAAGAAUUUAAAACUAUUGGAAAAUAUAUUGUUAAAGCUCCAUAAUAUAAAGUAUCAAGAAUGAAAGAAAUUGAUUAACUCUAUGUUUCUAAAGAAAAUGAAAUUGUAUGUUCUCUUAGAAAAAAUUCUAUGCAUAAUUAUCUUUUUAUUGGAUUACCUUUUGAAUUUGUUGUGCCUUUCAAAAAUUCUUGGGAUGUUCAUCCUUUCAAUUUUGUUAAUCCUAAAAAAACAUUUUAAACUAUGGCUGAUUGUGAAAAAGGUUUUUUCUUUUUCUUUUUAUUUUUAGGACCCCUUGUCAUUUCUGUAUCAGACAAUAUCGUUGCAACUUAAUUCUCUAUACGCUCUAAAUAUAAAGAAACUGUUUAAAUUAUGCGUAAUUUUAUGGGUUAUUAAUUAAGUAUUUCCUUUAUUUUAAUUUAGCUAAAUUAUGUUCUGGAAGAGCUUAAACUAUUCCUAUUGAAAUUGCUUCCGUUAAAUAAAAUGAUAAUGCUAUGGAUAUUUUUUUAGAAUAAUUAAGUCGUAGCAAAUAUCAUAACUAAAAAACUAUUAAAUUUAAUGUUAUUACAGAGUUUCAUCAUGCAGGAUUUGCUGCUAAAAAAUCUAAUUAAUUAGAUGUAGUUGUUAAUAAUGCUAUUGGAAAAAGAAAAUUUAAAUAAACUAUCUAAAAAUUAAAUCCUAAAGAAUUAGAAAAAUUACUUGAUUAAGUACAUAUUUCCCUUCUAUUUUUUAUUUAGAAUUCUUCCCUCUAAAAUUAACAUUUCUAAAAUGACUAAGAUCGUUAGCCAAGUAUACAUAGUGCAUAACCACAUUUUAAUAAUGAAGAAUAGCCUUACAUAUUUAAUAAAACUGGUGUUGAAAUCAUUUAAUUUCUUCAUCCUACUAUUGAUAAAAGCAUUUUACCUGAUCCAAAACCUCUUUGGGUUCCUGGCUAUUUAUCACAAAGUAAAUUAUAAAAAAGCUAACUACAAUAAAAGUAGAAUACUACCACAGGAACAGGAGAAGAAGGAUUAUCUACUCCUUUCUUGACUGAAUAAAAACUAAUCUCUACUUCUAAAAUACCUAGAACUGCUUCAUAGCCACAUUUUAGAGUAAUAUAAAAAGAUAAAUGGAUAACAAAUAAGAAUUUUAAAGUUUGA